ACUCUUCGUAUUAGAGCACGUUUUUAUAUAGUAGUUUUUUCCCGUGUAGUGCAAAAAUAAACACAAAGUCAAGUGUCGCAAUAUAAAUCCACAUUUUAAAUGCUCACAAAUUGUCGUCUCGUAUGAGUAGUUUGCCGUUAAUUUUAUAAAAUUUUAAAUACAGUAUUGCUGUUUAAACAAAUUACUGAUAAAUAAUCGAGCGAACUGUUUGUUCAGUGCAAAGUCAAGUUCAAUGACAAAAGCGAGAAAUUAAAAUAAUUUGUAACGAAAAUAGGCAUAUUUGCAUACUGUGCAAAACAAUGCUCGAAAAAAGUGGAAUUUUCACACACUUUUUAUGGAAGAAAAACGCAAAAGCACCCACGCUAUUUAAGCAGCGAAAAUCAUAACUUUUUAAACAGUUCUGCAUUAACAUCCAAGUGUCAACAGCAAGUGAUCUAAAUUUGGUUGAUUUCACAAAUAUUUACAGUGGCAAAUAUCGUUAAACCAUAAAACUAAAAUCAUAACAAUAUGAGUGCCUUAUUAUCCUAUCUAUUGUGCGCAAGCGUCGUUACACUCUCGUUGGCAGCACCGCAGUAUGUCGAUCCCUACGCGACAUCGUAUCCACAGUUUGCAAAGCUGAGCGGCACACCAUAUACAGGGUAUGGCACAAAUAUUCGCAUAUGGCCAUGGGUUAUUGGGCAAUAUACCUUCCCAAGUUCCCAGUCUUACUCAAACUCCGGGAAUACUAAUACUAAUCCUUCCAGCUAUCCAUAUGGUUAUAAUCAAUACAACUCUGGUAACACCUACAACCCCUACAACAACUACAAUUCGUAUAAUCCUUACAACAGGAAUACUGGCACAAAUACCUAUUGGAAUGGCUUUGCUUGGGUCAAUAGUUUCCGGUCGGCGAGUUAAGUCGAAAAGUGAGUGGAGAAGUCGUUACAUAUAUGAAGUAUUUUUACUUUUUAUGGUUGGCAUAAUUUAAAUGAAGAAGUUGAUGAUAUACCACCUAUUAUUAUUUAUAUUUUAAUUAAUUUGUUAACAUUUUAAUAUUAAGUUAAAAUAAAGUUUAUUGUUUUAUCAUUUUGUUAAAAUGAAUAAAAAAAAUGUUGU